GAGACAUCCCGCCUCAGCCUGUCAUAGCUCCCUCAUCCCUCUGAAACACUUUUUGCGAAUCUGGUGAGUAUGCUCAUUGCUUGUCAUCAACAACUCUCCCAGUGUCGAGUGUAAAAUUGCGAGUGUGUACACACCCGUACGCCAUCGACUCUGUCCUUCCCUAGUCAAAUUUACCAUUUCCCUAUUACCUCGCAUUCCUGCGCAACCCCGGCUGCCCAAACAAGAUACAAUCGCUGAGUACAAAUCCCUACAGGUCUCCGCCGACCCUCUCUUCCCAACCAUCGCAAAGAAUCGCAAACACCACCCUUCGGAGACAAACAGGAAAUCCCACAAACAGCCAAACCGAAUCGCAGCAAUGGUUAAACACGCCCCGCUCGGCACUGCUGCCAUCGUCUUCCUCUCGGGCUCCAUCGUCCUGCUGCUCUUCGUCAUCCUCUCUGCUGUCCGCGACGCCGCACCCCUCGACAACACUUGGUUCCUUGAGGCCGACACCACCGGCAUCACCGGCGCCCGCAACGGACUGACGCGAUGGAACUACUUUUACUACUGCAACGACCAGAACGCCGAGUGCUGGGGUGCCUGGCCCGCCCCGGCUUUUGGCUGGGCUUGGGGCCGUGAUGCGGCCAACGUUCCCGCCGGCCUCAUUGGUAGUCAUGGAGGCGGCACCACCAGCACCGAGUUCUUCUACCUCUGGCGCUUCGGCUGGGUCAUGUACCUGAUUGCCCUCUUCUUUAUGGCUAUGGCCUGGUUCGCCAGUUUCCUCGCCUGCUGCGGUCGUCUUGGCGCCGCUGUCGCCGGCCUGGUCUCCGCCUCAGCUCUCUUCUUCCUGACUGUUGCCGCCGCUCUGAUGACCGCAACGUUCGUCAAGGCACGCAACGCUUUCCAAGCCGAAGGCCGUGAGGCUCACAUUGGCACCUAUGCCUUCGGCUUCACCUGGGGCGCCUGGGCCGCUCUUCUGAUUGCGACUCUCCUGUUCUGUAUCGGCAUCCGGGGCGACAAGGGCUACUCUGGAGGCAGCCGCUUCAGCCGCAAGCGCAGCACUCGAAGCCGCCAGUCGUUCGACGUUAACAGCAGCCGCCGUGUGAAGGAGGACUACGCAUAAGCCUGUCGUUGACCUCUCAGAUGAAAAAGAGCACCACGACUUUGACUAGCAACAAUUCCUAACUUUGAGAACAAGCUUCACAAUGUCAAGGAUGUUGUAUUGAUGAUAUGCCCAGCGUGUGUGUUGUAAUUACGCGCCCAUGUUAUUUUCUUUUGCAUUUUGCCGGCGUUUUGGAAGUGUCCCAAUAUCUAUGAGGUACCCGAGGUGGGAUGGUGGACUACCUAUGUUAAUGGUCUUGGA